AUGCCCUUAUCCUCAGGUCAGAACUUGGACUCACAAAUUGUGUUUCCACACAGUUACAGAGAAGGACCCAAGUGUAUUGGGUUCGCAAAGUCCCAAAGUCGGCAGUGUAACAGAGUUAUUGGGAGUGCAAAGCGAGCGGACCACCCGCGCCUGGAAGAGGCUGUGAAACUCCUUCUGCUCUAUCAACACAAGGCCACUGAUUUCGAUAAGGAGCUGGAGGAUGCUUCGCAGAAGUUUCGAGAUGCGGCGGAGGCAGCGAAGAAAUCGGAGGCGGCCCGAGUCAAGCAGGAGAAGCCUAUUCCCCAGAAGCCUGAGCCCGAGUCUGACUCCGAGUCUAGCUCAGAAUCAGAAAGCGAUGGCGGAGACGAUGUUGAGAUCCAUCCCCUGGAGGCUUGGGAGCGCUACAACUCCAAGUGGAAGGCGAUAGACAAAUCUGGGCUGGAAGAAGGGCUUUGCUCUAGGAAUGUCAAGGAUACUUUUGGCAGAAUGUUUUAUCAAGGCAUUUGGAAAAAGGAGGUCAAGAUGAUUUCUUCAGUGGCCAAGGAGUUCGAGAAGCUGUACUCGGAGUAG